UAUCAUUCUUUCUUCUCUCUUUCUCUCUCUAUCUCUCGGUCUUUCUCAUUCUUUGAGGCAUUGGUCUCCUCUCACAACAUCGACGAGAACGAUCUCAAAUUUAGAACUUUUAAUCAUAAUUUGAAACUAGAUUUUUCAUCGGGAGGUUGUUGGGCAUGAAUUCGUGAUCGGUGUUUUUUCUUUUUGUGUUUUUUUUUCUACAAAUUAUCUGCCAAUUUUUUUUUUUUCUUGAUUGGAUCAUUGGAGUGGGGUUGAUCGCUGGGAAUCGGAAUUUGGAUUUGGGUUUUCGAUCCUUUGGAUUUUUUUUUUGGAUUGGUUUUGUGGUGGUGUUUGGAGUUUUCGGAUUGAAAAAAAAAACGUUGAAUCGGAGAGAAUUUUGGGCUGUGAAUCGAGAUCGGUGAUUGGAGCCGGGUCUUGGAUCGGUUUUCCGAUCGAGCUCGAGCGGCAGCGAGAUGGCCGGGAGUUCAUCGUCGAUGGAUUACUGGAGACGGUUCUUCCGCAGCGCCAACUCGGAUAUUUUUGAUGUGAUUGAGAAGGCAAUCAUGGUUGCUGCCUCCGAUCAUUCCGAGGAGUUCCUUCUGAGACGGGAUGGAAUCGCUGUGACUCUCUUCGCGCAUCGCCGCCCGGAGACUGACCCCACCGUUCGUGUCGUCGGGGAGGAUGAAAAUGAAGAUGAAGAUGAAGAUGAAGACGAGGAGGAGGAGAGGAGUAAGAGAGGUUGUGAGGAUGAGAAGGAACGCAACGAGACGAGCACUAGUGGGAGGGGUGAAGAGGUGAAUAGGUUGCCGAGUAAGUAUAGCUAUGAUGAGGCUGAAGCUCUUACGGAUGAAAUUGAAGAAGAGAAUCAAAUGGUUGGAGAGGUUCUCAGGAUCAAAGAGUUGCUUGAGAAUCAUCAGGAACAGUCUGAUGGGGUGCUGUUUGAUUCACUGAGAAGGCUGCAAUUGAUGCAGCUAUCUGUGGAGACUUUGCAGGCCACAGAGAUCGGUAAGGCUGUCAGUGGACUGAAGAGGCACAGCUCAAAGAAGAUCCGGCAUCUUGUUCGAACUCUCAUCGAAGGGUGGAAGAUUUUGGUCAGCCAGUGGUUAAAUGCUACUGCAACCAUCACUGAUGGUACCCCGGAUUCUGUCAUUAUAUCUGCUGAGGAAGAGGAUGAAGAGGGGCUGCCUUUCCCUCCACUUGAUGAGGGUGCUCUUCUGGCCACCCAAACAGCACCAAUUGAACUCUCCAAGAUCUUUGAUGGCCUGGAUGAUGAUGGAAAUCUUCAGACCAACGGGCAACAAGAAAAGAACUCAGGCCGAAGGAUUUCAGAGCAAAACCAAUAUGGAAGGAUUCCACAUGAAAAACACAACGGAAGGAUCUCACAUCAAAACCAUAAUGCCGAAAGGAAGCAGCUGCCUCCCAAAAUUUCAGCUCCUUUAGAACCGCGAGGCCAGCCAAGGAGGCCCGUAACUGAAGUCAAGCAAACAAUGCAAGACAAGAGUCGGCAAACAAAGCCUCAACCUUCUUCUUUCAACAAGCAAUCUCGGGCUCCUGCAACCGUUCAUGAAAUUAAUAGACCUUCAAGGCCAGCUUCUGAGUUUAAAGUUAAUUCUCUUGUAAGAACUCAGCAUCGGCAAGACCCCGUUGGAACUCAGAGAAGAAACCCUCCUGCUCCAGCCCUCGAGAAAUCAAAGAAUUCUGAGGAUGCAUCUGUGCGAGCGAAGCUCGAGAUUGCAAAGAGGAGGCUUCAUGAAGGAUAUCAGCAAGCUGAGAAUGCCAAGAAACAAAGAACAAUUCAAGUCAUGGAGAUUCAUGAUCUUCCAAAACAAGGGUACCAUCCUAGACAACCACAACAGUCCAAUGUAAAGCACAAGAACAAAUUAAGAGAUAUGCUCAAAGGAAGACGAUGAAGGUAGUUAAUUUUUCCAGUAAUUCGGAGAGUGGUUUGAGUGCACGGUCAGCAACUGUGAAUCAAGAACGACCAUAUGAAAGAACUGAUACCGAAAUAAUGCAUGUAAUUUAACCCCCAAAAAAAAAAAAAAUUAA